AUGAUUAAACAACAACAACCACAGCAACUUAAGGCACAGACCAUUACAUACGCCUUAUAUGCAUAUAAUUCAAAGACGGCAGAACAAACGCAAAGGUUGAAAUAUGGAGAUUUGGAAAUAGUAUUGAAAAAUGACCAUUUCGAAUUCGUUUGCAAAGGUGGUGCAGUGAUAUCAAAUAUAAAAGAAAUUUUAUUUAUGAAUUCAAAAAUUAAAGGUAUAACGGAUGAUAUAACAUCAAUUCCACCAGAAGAACAAAGAUAUUACGCAUUAAAUGCAUUUCCUAAAGUUUUGAAGAUUGGAAGAUUUAAUUUAAAUGAGGAAUUCAUAAAAGGUUUCCUAAAUGACAUAAUGAAGAAAGCAGAUAAGGAAUAUGUCAACAGUGAAUUAAUGAAGAAAGCAGAUAAGGAAUAUGUGACUAGUGCAUUAAUGAAGAAAGCAGAUAAGGAAUAUGUCAACAGUGAAUUAAUGAAGAAAGCAGAUAAGGAAUAUGUGACUAGUGCAUUAAUGAAGAAAGCAGAUAAAGAAUAUGUCAACAGUGAAUUAAUGAAGAAAGCAGAUAAGGAAUAUGUGACUAGUGCAUUAAUGAAGAAAGCAGAUAAAGAAUAUGUCAACAGUGAAUUAAUGAAGAAAGCAGAUAAGGAAUAUGUGACUAGUGCAUUAAUGAAGAAAGCAGAUAAGGAAUAUGUCAACAGUGAAUUAAUGAAGAAAGCAGAUAAGGAAUAUGUGACUAGUGCAUUAAUGAAGAAAGCAGAUAAGGAAUAUGUCAACAGUGAAUUAAUGAAGAAAGCAGAUAAGGAAUAUGUGACUAGUGCAUUAAUGAAGAAAGCAGAUAAAGAAUAUGUGAAUGAAAAAGAUAAUGAAAUUAAAGAAAUGGUUGGAUGGUAUCAUGAAUGGACAUCAAAGAUUUUAAAAACUAAAGCUGAUACGGGAUGGGUUUCAGAAUGUUUAGACCUUAAAGCGGAUAAAACAUAUGUCAACGAUGAGUUAGAGAAGAAAGCAGAUAAAGAAUAUGUGAAUGAAAUAUACCAAAGUUUGAUAGGAACAACUAAAAAUAUUGAAACUAUUGCUGGUGACUUUUCCGUCUAUGAAGAAAAUAAAUAUUUUAGAGGGCAAUUGGUACAUUCCUUAAAAAAUGGUAUGCGGUGUAAACUCAUUCCGAAAAAUAACAAUGAAAUGUAUGUAAGUUAUAAAAAGAAUGAUGACACACAAGUUAAAGUUCCAUUAGACAACAACUGUUACUUAAACUUAUAUGGAGACGAACAAAAGAAAUAUUUAAGAGUUUAUGAAAUGACGGAUAUGACAUUGUCUAACGUAGCUCCAGCACCGUAUUAUUUCGACUAUGGAGAUGAUGUCAGAACGCCGCAUGUAGAUGAACAAAAGCAAACAUUAUAUUUAGAUUAUUAUAGAUAUAAAAGAUAUAAUGCAAUAGAAAAAACGAGAAUA